AUGGAUAGCAUGGCACCGGAACUCCUCAAGCAUAUACUCAGUUAUCUUCCCAUAUCAUCACUUCGCUCGCGUUGCCUUGUCGACCGUAUUUCCUCCAUCAUUGCCUUCUCCCUUCUAUUUUCACAUAUACCGCAUUCGCUGGAUUGCAACAAGUCACUUCAAUAUCUUGUAUCUAUUAUCCACGAUGCAUUCGAUAGACCUGCAGUCAUCUGGUCUCCAUUGGCAACAAUUCCUGAUGUGUGUGUCGAUGCAAUAUGGUUACAAAUUGUCUGGAAGUUAUUUCAGGGAUCCGAUUUCCAUGACAGAGUAAGAGGAGAGGAGUUGACGGCGGAAACACUUUGCCAGACUAAGUGGAGUAGUCGACAUAAGUGA